GCUCCACCAUGAACAUCCUGCUGCGCUUCAUAGUCUUCUGCCUGGAUCCACUGGGUCUGGGCCGUCGCUUUCUCAUCCGGCCGGCCGUCAAUCUGAGCUGGAAUGUCUACGAUCGCGUCCGCAGCAAGGCGGACGAGAAGGUGGGCACCGUGCGGGAGCUGGUCCUCCGGCUGGGCCUGAUCGCCUUCGCCGUGGUGCUCAUCAUCUGGCUGGCGGUCUUCAUGUACGCCGCCUUCUACUACGUCUACAUGCCGGCCAUAUCGCACACCCGCCCCGUCCACAUGCAGUUCAAAACCUGCUUGGAGACCAGCACGCCCUGCACCUUUCCGCACGCCCACGUCUCGCUGACGAAGAAGCAGCAGCUCCUGAUGGUUGGGCAGGCGUACAAGGUGAUCGUGAACAUCGACAUGCCCGAGUCCCCGCAGAAUCUGGAGCUGGGCAUGUUCAUGGUGUGCGCCGAGAUGCGGGACUACGACUCGAUGCUGCGUGGCCACUCCUGCCGGUCGGCCAUGAUGCGCUAUCGCUCGCCACUGAUACGCAUGAUCUCCACGUGGGCAUUGAGUCCGCUGUACGUGCUCGGCUGGAAGGAGGAGUUCCAGCAGGUGCCGGUGGAGAUAUUCUCGCGCUACCUGGAGGAGCGGCAGCAUCCCAUUACGGAUGUCUACGUGGAGAUACAGUCGCAGAAGAUCCAGUUCUACACGGUGACGCUGCACAUUGUCGCCGAUUUUACCGGCCUGCGGUACAUCAUGUUCAACUGGCCAGUGCUGUCGGCCAUAGUGGCCAUUAGCACCAAUCUGUUCUUUAUACUGGUCGUCUUUCUGCUCAGCUGGUACCACUGGUCCGACGCCAAGUGGCUGCACAGCAUGCAAAUCAAGUACGCCCGCCUCACGAAGUCGCUCGAACCCGGCGUAAUCCUGCCCAGGGCGAGCAGCCUGCGGGAUGACGACGAUCUGGUUGCCUACAGUGAUAAGUCCGACAUUGCGGACGUGGGCGGUGACACGCUGAGCGACGUGGAUGCCGAUGAUUUGGUGUUGGUCAAGAAGUCCGGCAGCGGCAAGCGGGAAUCGCCCGAUGCACUGCGCAAGCGUCUCUCGAAGAAGACCACCGCGGACCAUUGAAAAGUGAAGGAGGCGAGAUGACAUCAUAUGAAAUGAGAUGCGCUGAGACGAAGGAAGGACCACCAUUUACCACCGAAGGCUAGACCACCGCCCAUGCGACGCUUGAGCCAAAGACUAAAUAGAUUUAGGACUAGGUUAGUGAACACAGCUGCCAGCUGAAGUAUUCCGGCGGAUCAGCCCACAGAGCUCUGCUUGUGCUUCAAGCAGCCAACACUAGUUCGACAUUAGCUUACUUAUGUGGUGGAUGUAUAGAUGUAUAGGUAUUAUCGCCCCAGUUAUACACUUUUAUGCUGUACAGAGGAAGCUUUGUACAUUGAUGAACUUGCCAUUUCUGAGCCGCUGCAGUGGCUCAUUCCCUGUACAUUACUCGCAGUUGGGAACUGCAAUCCACUGAACUAUGUUACCAUUGCACUAAGCUUAAGAAGAAUGCAUUCCAUUUGAGAUGAGAUUGUGUAUAUGAAUUUUACAUUAAUUAAACUGUUU